GUAGGAUUAAAUUGUAGACACUACUCCACCUGAGCAGUUACAAGAAAUCAGAAGCCUCUAACUGGUGACAAUCCACACAGCCUUUAAGAACCAACAGACAGCCACAAUGAAGCUUCUAGCCUCUCCCUUCCUUCUGUUGCUUCCAGUGAUGCUCAUGUCCAUGGUCUUCAGCAGCCCGAACCCAGGGGUCGCCAGAAGCCACGGGGACCAACACCUGGCUCCUAGGAGGUGGCUCUUGGAAGGUGGCCAAGAAUGUGAAUGCAAAGAUUGGUUCCUGCAAGCCCCAAAGAGAAAAGCCACAGCAGUGCUGGGGCCACCAAGGAAGCAGUGUCCCUGUGAUCACGUCAAGGGCAGGGAGAAAAAAAACAGACACCAAAAGCACCACAGGAAGUCGCAAAGACCCUCCAGAGCCUGCCAGCAAUUUCUCAAACGAUGUCACCUGGCAAGCUUUGCGCUGCCCUUAUAGUACUGAGACUCUGCUCCUCUAGUUAGACUCUCUCAGUGGAAAGGAGGUGACCAGCCCUAGCACGGUUCUUAUUCUCCCCACCCCCAUCCUCACCAAGAGCACCCCAGUGCUCUCUGAAGGCACUGCCUCACAGUGUAUCUAUGACUGUGCCCCUAGUGCCGGCUGCACUUGCCACUCUUGUCUUAUGCCUUCUGUUUACCCUACAAGAAUGCAGGACACCUCGGCCUCCUGUUGGCCUCACAUUGCAAUCAGAAAACUUGCAAUGAAAAUAAUUAAAUACAUAGUGCAUACGUG